AGGAGCAACCGCGUUUGGGAAGUCGUGCGAUAUAAAGUGAUCUCAAAAUUCCAGCUAGCGCGGAAGAGCUGCCGCAGUCUCGCAGAGAUCGCAGGAUAAUCCGUGCCUUCGAUGAGUACUGCUGCAGUUCCUGCGCGCUGCCCUUAGUUGAAACCACAAUUUAGUAAUGCCACAGAACACCUGUAAUACUGGUAAUUUGCAACAGACGUGUGUUUUGGCGCGAUGUAAAAAAAGUGGCACCUCCCACGCGCCAGCACAUGCACUAAACUGCUAGUACUGCAAAUGCUGUCUCGCUUCACAAAUGCGAUGAGCCUUGGUGAAUACAUCACUGUUGCCAAAACGGCAUGCCACGCCCUUUCCAAGGUCGUCGGUCAGGUCGAGGUUGGCAUGCAGUGCUGCUUGCCUCUGGCUGACAAGUCUAUCGGGUGCUCCUUGAAAGCAUGGAGCGUGUCGAGGAGCAUGCAGACUACGGAGGCUGUGGAUCAGUCAAGCUCCACCUCAGCAGGGAGGCAUCAUGACUUCUCACUAACAGUCAAGCACAAGGAGUUGCAGCCGAACCGCCAUAACCAUCGUGACCGUUGCGACUAUGCAACUACCAGCCUGCCCGCUCUCAUUAUACUCAAGCGCAAGCACAGGGCAUCGAGGCCUUCUAUUUCUCCGUCAACAGCCAACGGUGACAAUUCACAGCAGGGAUGCUUCCAACAAGAUAACCCCCGUGGCUAUGAGGCUGAUAAACUGUUUCGUUUGGAAGCACAUGUCAGGGUCCAUACUGGCGAGCGUCUGUUUAAGUGCCAUUUGUGCCCUCAGAACUUCUCAAGAAGAGACACCCUGAAGAGGCACCUGUGCAUUCACACGGGUGAGCGGCCAUUUCAGUGCCCUUCAUGCCCUCGGAGCUUCUCACAAACGGCCCACCUAAAAGACCACCUGCGCAGCCACACCGGUGAGAAGCCAUUUCAAUGCCCUUCGUGCCCUCAAAGCUUCUCACGAAAAACACACCUGAAAGCCCACCUGCGCACCCACACAGGUGAGAAGCCAUUACAGUGUCCUUUAUGCCCUCAAAGCUUCUCACGUAACUUCAGCAUGAAGGAACACCUGCGAAUCCACACUGACGAGAAGCCAUUUCAAUGCCCUUCAUGCCCUCGGAGCUUCUCGCAUCAGUCCACCAUGAAGAAACACCUGCGCACCCACACAGGCGAGAAGCCAUAUCAUUGCUCUUCAUGCCUUCAGAGAUUCUCACAAAAGUACAAGCUUCAGGAACACCUGCGCACCCACACAGGCGUGAAGCCAUUUCGAUGCCCUUCAUGCCCUCAGAGCUUCUCGCGCAAGUCCAACAUGAAGGAACACCUGCACACCCACUCAGGCGAGAAGCCAUUUCAGUGCCCUUUAUGCACUCGGAAAUUCUCGCAGAAGACUGCCAUGAAGCAACAUCUGCUCGUUCAUACAGAUGACCGACCACACCAUUGCACUGUCUGCUCCAAGUCCUUUGCACGUGCUGGUAACUUAAGCAGACAUAAAAAAACACAUCACCAUGAAACUGUAGAGUAGUUCAAGUUUCUCGCAUAAAUAUAUCACGAGGAAACGCCUGUGCAUUAACGCUGGAGGCUGACCAAACCCUUGCACCAUCUGCUGCAAGGCCUUUGCGCAGGCCUAGUGCUUGAGCAGACAUGAGAGAACACAGCAUCAUGAUACUGUAAGUAGGUGAACAGCCAUGUUGAACUAGAGUUUGAAUUAUGACUCUACAGACGUGUAGCGUGCUGUAGGGUGUUCUGCUGCAGCAGGUAGCACAAGUGCUAUGCUCCUAAAGGAGCCCUCGAACGCUCUUUCUGGGUCACCAUAUUUGCUAUAGAUCUAUUCUUAGCAUAUCAUAAAACAAAGAGUAAGAGAAAUGAUGAAAAUCGACCCACACAAACCCAUGUUAUGGCUCAUAAAAAAUUCAAAAUACAAGCAAAGUGAGAGUUAACCUCAACCUCCGCUGGAAUUUUAGGUGCUCGAAACAGGUGCUCUAAAUGCCACAUUUCACUGUGCCAUGAAGUCAUGUGGUGACACCAAUAGCAGCUGGGCGUUAGCAGAAGUCGGCACGCCACGGUUGCCAAGCCUGCUCUGCCUGUUCAUCGUGAACCCAUGGCCUCCCUGAUCUGGCCGCGUACUGUGUAAUCUGUGAGGCCAUGGCAUCACUUUUAUUAUCGCAACAGCUUCCGCAAGGCGACCAUUGUCAUACCAAAGUGCUCGGCAUGUGAUGUGCGAUUCUCAUGAUUUCAACACUUUGCCAAUGGUUGUGCGAUACUUAAAUUGGUUGUAAAAGGUAAAGACAUAGCUUUUAUUGCAGUACAGUAGAACCUUGUUCACAUGUUUACAAAACACAAUAGAAAAGACAUUUGCAGUUUGGCAAUGCACUGAACGCUGGUGGCGAAAGAUCUUAAUUUCCGGGAACGUAUGAAAGGAACCCUGGAACGAUUUUGCCAAUUUUUGUAGAAACGUACUGAGUUGUUGGGACAGGUCCUUCUGAUCAUUAAGUGAUACAUUCAAACGCUGCUCGUACAGCACAUAAUUUAUUAUAAGUAGGGGUGUGCAAAUGAGCGGCAACAUUAAGUUGUUAGCAGGGGAAAUGCAGUCCCCGAGAAAAGGAUAAAUAAGUAUGCGUGUCAAUACGACACGAAUAGUGCCAGAAGCGAAUCGAAUAUUGAAUAUUUUUCAAAAAGUUUUACAGCGUAAGCUAUUAUGGGCUCAUUCCAAUAGCCGUUUCGGGUCGCGAUGAUGCCGCCGCCGCCCCCGCUGCGUAACCGCUCUCGCUGGAAAAGAGAAAAAAAAAGUACCUGGUCUCCGCUGGGAUCGAACCCAGGGCCGCUGCGCACGAGUUGGAUACUUUACCACUGAGCCACGCAAGCGCUUGUGAUAGUGGGGGAAAAAAAAAAAACCUUCAUACGCAGACGCAGCCGAUCCGAGUCUCCGCCAGUAGGGUGGUGCCAUCUAGUUAAGAUGCAGACGACAAGAUGCCAUUCAAACGAGGCGCGCAAAAGAAACAACAACAAUGUGAUCCCCAGUCUCCGGUUUAGUCUGAACUGAACUGAACUUGUGGCCGUUCAUACUAGUCUGCGCUAGUAUGAUGGCGCCAUCUACCUAGUUAACGUGCCUGCGAACGCAUCGUGCGCAGCUCGCCAUCGACGCCGGCGAACAGUUCAGAUCGUUCUCGUCAAAACGAGGCAAAAAGACUAUCUCGCGAAGACCCUGGUGUGCGUGGUGCCGAAAUUGGAGCUACUCUUGAGCCACUCCACCAGCUUACGCUGUGACUGUGCUGCGUGUGCCGCGCAGGCCUUUGACCUUUUUUUGAAUAAUAAGCGGCCAUUUUCACAAUUGAUGUAAAACGGUAUUCACAUAGUAGUACAUAGUCAUAAGCUUAGCAUCUUUCUGUCAUGACAUUGCGUAUUCUUAAGUGCUGUUUAUCAAAAUGCACUAACGUAGAAACAAUUAAGCAGUUUGUUCGCAUAUAUUGGACUUUCGAAAAGUUGGAAUGAUCCCUGUAACGUAGCCUGUUGCACUACUAGGUUCUCAAGUUUUAUACGUAUGUUAUGCCCGCGGGGAUGAAAAUAUUGUACUUUUGUUCCAAUUUUGUGUUUAAUUGCACAGAGUGGACAACCUAAAAUAUCAGAAACUAUUAGCAAAGUAUUCCUAUUUACGAAUAGUGACUAUUCGAUUUGAAGACCGUAUUGAAUAGGACAGUAUUUGAUUCAGUAUACAAAAUUUGGGAAUAUUCGCGCACCCCUACUUAUAAGAUUUUAAAAUGUGCAUUGCUACCGAUUGCAGCGGCGCCGGUACCCUGAGAUUUCAGACUCCCUGUCACCAUCUACGUAACAAACGUGCGGGACAUCAGUCGAGCAAGCUAUCCGGAUUGACUACUCGCUUUCCGUCAUUGAUAAUUUUUUGAGCUUUCAGCAGAGGGGCUUAGCAUGCUGGCUCCAAAUCACUGAAAGCAGGCAUCACGACGUCACAUCAUAAUGCAGAACCAGUGAAGGCGGAGCUUAGCCCCAGUUGCUCGGCAAACGUGUUGAAGAGAAAAAGCAUGCCUAGGGGGAGGAGGGCGACUUGUAAUCGUCCGUGGCUCUAAAUACGGGACGCUUCACUUCAAUUGUGGCGCAAAUGUUUUACUGUAGCCGUACCCUAUAUGUCUACAGAAUUUGUCCAAAUCGUUUGAGGAACCCUUUAAUUGGUAAAAAGCAACCAUAAAUGUAUCGGGUCAUUUUUUGUGUUCUCACUUGUGGACGUUGGCUUCGGGAAAUUGUACAAAGCAAAGUCGUAUCAACGAGGUUCUACUGUACUCGCAAUAUCGUGCAAAUGUAAAUUGCACAUUACAUUUUUAACCAAUGAUAAUAGCAUCACUCUGUCUGUGCAGUACACAAAAUCACCAUCAGUGCUGCCACUCAACAAGCUUUCUAUGGCGCAUUUCAGGGUCCCUUUAAAUGUGGGACUGCCACGCUGGUUCGUACAAUGUUCGUUUGUACAAUCUAGGCAGUUGCAGGGGCAUUUUUAGCAAUGAGAUUGCUGUGCAUUACAGUGGCUAUGUUCAUGUGAUAUUCCUUUCUGUGAAGGUGCAACAAAUAAAUGCUCAUCCAUCUUGUAUAAAUGAUUCCUCAUUCAUUUUUUAUAUAAUUAUUGCUUCUGUAUAUGCUGCUGUAUGAAAUAUUCCAUAUAUAUUGUGUCCUAUAACAUUCAUGUUAUAAUGCUGCAUUUUUUGUGACUAUUUCUUGAGUUUUUUGUAAUGUGUCAUUGGCUAGCUAUAUUUCUGAGAAUUACUCAUUAUGUGUGCUUUACUUUUUUCUAAUACUUCCUCGUAGUCAUUCCUAUAAUAUUUUCAGAGUUAUUAGUGUGGAAAUCCUUUUUUUUUUUUCUAUUCUCAUGUGUUAAGCUGUGUUCAUCCUUUGUUGCUGCCUGUAAAACAGGCCCAUGGAUCAUGUCGAGUCUUGCUGGCUUUUUGUACACGGUCCUCAACAUCAGUUGUAUGUUGAAAUACCAUUUUAUUUAAUUUGA